AUGUCAGGUCCAGAUCUGAAAACACCAACCACUUCGGUGGCGCCUGUACAGUCGGGGAGUGUGAUCCCAUCCAGAACUAAGCUUGUUCAAAUAGUGACUGAAGAGCUUACUCGAUCCAUUAACGAGAACGAUGGUAUGAAAUUGAUAGGACUCAACAUCCAGUCGUUGCCUCCAGAGGCGAUAGAGCUGAUAGAGGGGAACAUGGUUGAGAGGCUUUCCCUUCAGAAAAAUCUGCUUAACACACUUCCUGUGUACUUCAAGAAUCUGUCAAAGUUAAGAUAUCUUGAUCUACAUAGAAACAACUUCCAGGAGUUUCCUCAGGUUCUGUGCUCUUUGAAGAGUCUUGAGAUCUUAGAUAUAAGCGAGAACAAGAUCAGGUUCUUCCCUACAAACCUGGGCCAUUUGAAGAGCUUGCGUGUGUUGUCGAUUAGGGAUAACCAGUUUGAGUAUCUACCUCCUCACAUCAGUGAGAUGAGCAAUCUCAAGAUUCUUGAAGAGGGAAACAACCCACUGAUACUGCCUUCGCGGGGCUAUAUCGAGUCUUUACAGAGACAGGAGGAAGAUACAUGGCUGGAAAGUCUGAAGUUGUAUUUGAAGCAAAACUCUAGUACUUUGGAGGCUAAAAUCCGCGAAUCUAUGGGGGCCGAAACUGCUGACUUCAGCAGCUUGUCUGCUCCUUCCAGGUCGAGAUCCAACUCUGAGUCUCACAUAUCUUCGCGGGCAGCCAAGAGAAUGGGAUUUGUGAUGAAAAGGACCCCUGUUCAAGAAGAACCGGAAGAGGGGCCACCGGUAGAACAAUUGCAACAACCACAGGAACAGGAAAUCCCGGAAUCAUACCAACAGUAUUCACAGCAGCAGCAACAACAGCAACAGCAACAGCAGCAACAGCAGCAACAACAGCAACAACAGCAACAACAACAACAACAACAGCAGCAUCAACAACAACAACAGCAACAGGACUCACAGCAGCAGCCUCCCCCUCCACAUUCCCGAAUGAGGUCCAGGUCCCAUACACUGUCAAGAGAUCAUACAACUGUGGUAGAAGAGCCACUGUCUAUAGAGCCUCAGAACAAAUCAUCGGCGUACUUCCGCCGUCUGUCAACGUUGGCCGAGGUGAAAAAACAUGACUUGAUUCCCAGAAACGAGCUGUUGGAGAUUGCGAGGAAAGUGCUUUUUGUCGUGAAUGAGCUGCAGAUCAACUUCAACAAGUUUUCGGGUUUUUGCGUCGAUGCCAGAAUCUCUGCCAAGAUGAAUUCACUUUCGUUAUCAUCGAAACUGCAUAUUGAUUCCAUCAUUGAGUGUUUAGAGAUGCUGGAAAACUCAAGUCCCGGAUCACAGAAAACCAUGGGACAGGAUAUCAUAGUGGAGAAGCUUGUUGGGUCGGUAGUGGACACGGUCCGCGCUGUUAAGGUGACUGUUUGGCAUUUCCAAGAAAAUCUAACUAGUUUCCUACAAUCUUCAGAUAUUGCAUUCGUCCGGAUGCUGUACCUUUCUCUCUUUGGGACAUUGAACGAGCUGUUAAAUGCAUGCCUCGUUUCUCACCCGAAACUGAAGUUUCAGCAACAACAGUCGCAAUCGGUACAAGAGCAACAACAGUCAGGCUCAAAGCUCAAGAUCCACCGCACCACCGCGCCACCACCACUCAACCUACGUGUUGAAACUUCCAACUCGAAUCUGGGUCCAACCGACACAGAGAACCCGAAGGAGUUGUACGAGACGAUUCAGACUGCAAUCAAUUGGGCACAGCUGGUUUUCCAGCAAAUCAAUAAUGCCAUCGGCAAGAGUGCAAUUGCCAAUGCUACACAAUCUGAGCACUUGGAUAACACUGCUGUGCAAAAGAUCAAGGAGUUGACAGGGUUUUGUAUUAAUGCGAUGGAUAUCACUAAGAAACUCAGCGGAAAGCUGCUCCCUUUCAAACACUCGCAGGAUGUCGGGAUCGUGGAAGAUAAGAAACUGACAGAGGAGAUAAACCUGUUUUUGAAAGCAAUCAUCAACAUGUUGGCGAGUGCUAAAUCGUCUAUGGAAGAUGAGUUGCCAAUCCUGAAUGAAGCUCGUUCUUCAAUGGGCUCUCUAGCAAAAGCCACCAAGGAUCUCACCAAGAAGAUCGAAAGUGCAAAAUCCCAACAGAUUCCAACAUCUUCAACGCUCUACUCCUUUCCCAGUGCCACUACUUUGACCACACCAUUGUUGGCUUCUCUGGGUGCUGCUGCUCAGGCAGUGAUGCCUAUAACGUCGUCGCCAAUGAACGGCAACUAUCAGCCGAGCCAGCAGAAUCCUUUUGAGGUGACUGAGUUCAGGAGUCCGUUUUGA